AUGCCUGCAGCAAUUGUAGAGAAUAGCCAGGUUAUCUGUGAAGUCUGGGCCAGCAACCUAGAAAAAGAGAUGAGGAAGAUCCAAGAAAUCAUGCUCAGUUACACUUAUAUUGCAAUGGACACAGAAUUUCCCGGUGUUGUGUUACCACCAAUUGGUGAAUUUCGUAGUUCAAUAGAUUACCAGUAUUAACUUCUGUGGUGCAAUGUUGACCUUUGAAAAAUUAUCCAGGUGGGCCUUACAUUCACAAAUGAGAAGGGAGAAUAUCCUUCUGGAAUCAAUACUUGGCAGUUCAAUUUCAAAUUCAACCUUACAGAGGACAUUGGCUAUGAUUUUGGCUACGUGGUAAAGUUGCUUACAGAUUCUCAUUUGCCAGAAGAAGAACAUGAAUUCUUUCAUAUUCUGAAUCAUUUCUUCCCAUCUAUUUAUGAUGUGAAAUACCUGAUGAAGAGUUGCAAAAAUCUUAAGGGAAAUCUUCAGAAAAUUGCUGAUCAGUUGGAUUUGCAGAGAAUUGGAAGGCAGCACCAGGCAGGCUCAGAUUCACUGCUGACAGGAAUGGCAUUCUUCAGGAUGAAAGAGUUUUUUGAGGACAGUAUUGAUGAUGCAAAGUACUAUGACCAGCUCUGUGGCUUAGGCAUGGGAGUGGCCCAGAAACAGAAUGAGGAUGUGGACUCUGCCCAGGAGAAGAUGAGCAUCCUGGAGAUUAUCAACAACAUACAGCAGUGA